AGGGAGACUAAAGGUCAGUUUCUCAUAGAUCACAUCUGCAACUAUUACAGCUUGCUGGAAAAAGACUAUUUUGGCAUUCGAUACGUUGACCCUGAGAAGCAGAGGCACUGGCUUGAGCCCAACAAGUCCAUCUUCAAGCAAAUGAAAUCUCAUCCACCAUAUACCAUGUGCUUUAGAGUGAAAUUCUACCCACAUGAACCGUUGAAGAUUAAAGAAGAGCUCACCAGGUAUCUCUUGUAUCUACAAAUAAAAAGGGACAUUUUCCAUGGCCGUUUGCUGUGUUGUUUUUCCGAUGCUGCCUACCUGGGUGCCUGUAUUGUCCAAGCUGAGCUUGGUGAUUAUGACCCUGAUGAACACCCAGAGAAUUACGUCAGUGACUUUAAGAUUUUUCCCAAGCAGUCACAAAAGCUCGAGAAGAAAAUAGCUGAAAUGCAUAAAAAUGAAUUCAGAGGUCAGAGCCCAGCUGUUGCUGAAUUUAACUUGCUCCUGAAAGCAUAUUCUUUAGAAACUUAUGGUGUUGAUCCACAUCCUUGCAAGGACUCAACGGGGAUGACCACAUUUUUAGGAUUCACAGCUGCAGGAUUUGUAGUUUUCCAGGGGAAUAAAAGAAUUCAUUUGUUAAAAUGGUAAGCGUGUGAA